AGUAGGGUAAGUACAUUGGCCGGCAGAACGUUCAUUUCUCAAUUUCUCAUUUGUAGUGAAUUGGUUCUGGUGCAUGGCUGGGGUUUUAUUAUAAAUAGUGUGCCGUGGAAACAGAAAAAUAAACCCAGCCUAGCACCAUCAUUUUUAAUGCUGUGAUAAUAGUAUAAGGUAACAAUGGAUCCAGUCAGUGCCAGUUGUAUGAGCUUGCAUAUUCAAGAAAAUGCCAGGGCCAUCUUAGAAGAACAAAAACGUGAUGAAAAAUUCAAUGAAAUUAUCGUUAGCUGUAAAUCUCUUAGUAACUACGAUGGGAGGACAUUCAGGACGUUAUUACCACAGAUCACAGCAGCUUUUAUAGCAGCCGCUUACCACAUAGCAGUAGGAAUAGCUUUAUCUUUCUCAGGAAUUCUGAUACCCGCCUUAGAUCGAAACGUCACCAACGCUACUGAUGAUGGAGAGCUUUAUGCGACCAAAGCGGAAUGUUCAUGGAUAGCUAGUGUAGUGGUACUGGUGGUACCACUCGGUGCCAUCACCGGAGGCUUCACCAUGGACUAUCUGGGCAGAUUGAACACCAUCAAACUGGCUACCAUACCAACUGUCAUGGGAUGGAGUAUGAUAGCUCUCGCCCAAAGUGUGCCCAUGAUGAUAGGUGGGCGGUUCUUAGUUGGAAUUGCAACUUCAUGGGGAACAAUACCAGCUACCGUUUACAUAACAGAAAUUGCUAGAGCAGACAUGAGAGGUUCACUAGUGUCAGCAGCGCCAUCAUUUGCUUCUCUAGGAAUGGUGAUAUGUUUCCUCAAGGGUUGGUUCCUCCAUUGGCGGACUGUCGCUUGGAUGGCCAAUUUCUACGCUGUGAUACCGGUGAUUUUUGUCUUUUUCAUUCCCGAGAGCCCCGCCUGGUUGGUGUCGAGAGGGAAAAUCGAGCAGGCCGCGAAAUCCCUCAGGUGGAUCAACAAGUACCAACCGCAACCAGAAAAUAGGAGUGAAAGUUAUGCGGAGCUGCAACUCAAUCUACUGCAGAAGGAACAUGAGGCAAAACUAGAAGAACAAGCUAGGAAAGGAGAAUUUGGAAUGAAAUCCAAACUCAUGGAGUUCCUCAAACCGACUGGAUACAAGCCAAUGCUCAUUCUACUCGGACUCUUCUUCUUCCAGCAGUUUUCUGGCAUUUACAUUAUGCUAUUCUACUCUGUUACAUUCUUUCAAGCAAUGGGAAGUACAAUGAAUCCGUACUUGGCGUCGAUCUUCAUUGCUGCGGUGCGGAUGCUCAUGUCCUGCGCGAACACUUAUAUGCUGAGAACCUUCAGCAGACGGCCUCUGGUGAUGGCUAGCGGCUUGGGAAUGUGUCUGUGCAUGACUUUUUCCGGUCUGUUCACCAAAUGGGUGAUAGAAGGCUCCUGCGACCAGACCUGGAUCCCCGUGUUGCUCCUACUGCUCUACGUCGUCGCCUCUAUGAUCGGCUUGCUGCCGAUCCCGUGGACGAUGACGGCCGAACUGUACCCGAUCGAGAUCAGGGGCGUGGCCAACAGCUUCUCCUACGCCUCGGCCAACUUGAUCAUGUUCGGUGCGAUACAGAGCUUCUGGACGCUGGAGAGCAUCUUCGGAGGUAUCGCCGGAGUGCAAUGGUUCUUUGCUGUGAUUUCUAUCUUGGGAUCGGUCUACACAUACAUUCUCCUGCCAGAAACCCACGGCAAAAAAUUGUCUGAGAUAACGAACUACUUCGUCCACAAUACCAUUUUCAUCGGAUCGUCUAAGAAUGCACCGCCCAAAGCACAGAAGAAAACCGCUGUUGCCAGUAGGGUGGCAAAAAAAGACAUCGUAAAGUCCAAUGGCCAGAAUCAAAAGUUGAUGGAGAAUGUUUGAAAUCAUUGCGUCCUUAUGUUAAGUUCAACCAGUACAACAAACUAGUGAAAAAAACAACGUUUUUCCACCACUAUAGCUAUAGAACUCACCAUUAUAUACCCCUUUUCAAGGUAUUUAUACCCCUCAGCUGAUAUGAUGAUGAUCAUGAUACAAACUCGGUUCUUGGUGUAUAAAUAGCUAUUUUGCAUGACCUAUUCAGGGUAUUCCUUCCUUGCUAAGGUAGGUAUAACAAAGCAAGUUGGGAUUGCUUGGUGAAAAAAUCACAUAUUUCGAGAUGUAAUUUGUUCUAGAAGCUGACAAAUCGCAUGAAUUUGUUUUUUUAUAUCUGACUUUCAUAGACGGCACUAUUCACACGGUUGGUACCGAGUAAUUUUGAAGAUAACUUUUUUGAGGUUGGAUUUUUCAGACCGAGUUUCAUGUGAACAUAAACAUCAUUCAAUUUGAAAACUAAAAGAUUCUUUCGAUAAAACUCAUCACUGUGUAUUUUGAUUUGGAAAUAAUGGAAUAAGGGCUGUUGCUGAAGGUAAACUUGAGUGUUAUUGAGAUCGGUUACCUAUUCAUUCAAAUUCUAAAACGAUAAAAUUAUUCUUGUACUCAAGUUAUUGAUUUGAUAUAGAAUCACAAAUGCAAAAUUUAGAUAAAUUGUACUGAAAACAUAAAAUAUUGAAUAGUUAGAAGUUAGACUAAAAAUUUAUUCGAAUGUUAUUCUUGUGAUUCAUGAAAGUACAGCAUUAGAAAAAUAUUGUUGUUCUUGAAUUCAAAUAAACAACUCCAAAAAAUAGCUUAAACCAGCAACAGUUAUCUCUUCAUCGCUUUUAAAUCAAAAUAUCCCUCAACCUGGUACACAGUAUCGAGUUUCACCAAGAGUACCAUUUUGGUUUGGAAUUGAAUGAUGUUCAAGUUCACAUUGAAUUUGGAUUGAAAGAUCUAACCUCAAACAAGUUAUGUUUAAAAAUACUCGGUACAAACCGUGUAACUAGCGCCCUCUAUGAGAGUAAGAUAUAAAAACGAAUUCAUGUGAUGUGUCAGCUUCCAAAACACAUCCAUGCAAAAUUUCUUUGGAAUGUUGCCAGUAGUUUCGACAUAAUUGUAAAUUAUAUGCAAAACGAAAUAUUUCAAACACCUUGUACCUCGGAAACGGAUGUCGUUAUGACAUUUCUUCACAGAGCAAAUCCAACUCAUUUUGCAGUGUUUUACCUACCCUAGCAGGAAUGUCACCUUUUUUGGAACCUGUAUACGGGCCUACCAACAAGAACUUGACACCCCUUGUAACUAGAAAACCGAAUCCUUCAUCAGAAAUCGCCUGAAUCUGUCGAUUUUUAUACUUGGGUGAAGCAUUAUAUAUACUGUUAAAUAGAGUUCCCAAAUGUAUUUGACACUGUUAGUUUGAAGUUCUUUUGAAUAAAAACCGUCAAAACAGCAGUGUCAAAUACAUUUAGGAACUCUACCCCUAGCAACCGCAACUUCGAAAUUUCAAAUGGAACUACCCUUUUUGCCGUCACAGAAAAACCGUGUUUCAAAGAAGUUUCCAACCUUAAAUAGAUAUCUUGGAAUAUGGUGAAAUAAAACAUUUGAAAAUGUAUUCAUGUUCAACAAAUGUUUGCUCAUACUGACGAAAUUCAAUCAUGACAAUUCAUUUUUAAUGACGAUUUAUCAUUGGCU